AUGCACCUAUAUAUCAAUCUAAAGGGAAGAAAACAAAAAAAGAAGCCUACUCGCCAAACAGUUAUUGAAACGGUGACAGAUAGAAUUAGCAACUUACCAGGUCAUGUAAUAGACCAAAUUCUGUCUUACUUGCCAAUUAGGGAAGCGGUGAGAACAAGUGUUUUAUCCAAAAUAUGGAAGAACAAAUGGUAUACACUUCCAAAUCUUGUGUUUAAUAAACAAGGUGUAGCUUCCGAAGGCGCUUUAGUUAAUCAGAGCAAGUUUGUGAAAAUUGUUGAUCAUGUACUUUUACUUCAUUCGGGGCCAACCAACAUGUUCAAGUUCUCUGAAUAUGAUCUUAUUUGUGAUGUUCUCGUGACUGAUAUUGAUAGAUGGGUUCUUCAUCUAACCGGAAGGUCUAUUAAGAAGCUUGUGUUGGAAUUUCUGCCACAUGAAGAAAAAGAAUACUAUAAGAUACCUUGGUGCUUAUUCUCUUGUCGAAGUUUACAUCAUUUAAAACUAAAGUGCUGUUGGCUUAAACCUCCAAAAGAGUUUCGAGGCUUUAGGAAUUUGAGAAGUCUUGAUCUAAAUUUGGUUACUAUGGCUCAAGAUGCUUUUGAAAAAAUGAUAUAUGGAUGCCCUUUGCUUGAAAAAUUGAAAUUGAAAGAAGUUGAUGGUUUAACCCAAAUUAAUAUUCACUCACCAAAUCUCAAGAUUUUUGAAGUUUUUGGUGAAUUUGAGGGUAUUAGCUUUGAGAAAACUUUCCAAAAAUAA